CAGCUAAAGCAGAAGGUACUACAGCAAUAAGCGAACCACAAAUGACUGAAACAGAAGAAGAACCGAAGGACAUUGAAGCCACUGAAGCUCAAGAAAUCACCGAACACGGCCAUGUUACUCCUUCCAAGGAACUUUCAGCAGAAGAUGAUUCGACAGCAGAUGAGACACAUAAUGAUGAUAUUCAGCACACCCUUGGACAAGAUUCGGUUGAAGUUAAGGAAACUGUUUUUACUUCAGAGGACACUGUACUAGAUAAUGUAACAGCAGAAGAGCCAACCUGUGAUAGUCAAGAAGUAGAUAAUGCAGAAUCAACCGAAGAAACUAAGGGAAACACAGCUGAGAAUAUAGAAGAAGUCUCUGAUGUGGUGAUUGCUGAUGAGGCAGUUAAAGAACAGGAUGUGCUACAGACUGAGGAUAUUGCUGAAACGCAUAUGCAGGAGCUAGAACCAGAAGAAACAAAGAACACAGAACCUGUUGAAUCAGAAGAAGCUUCUGAUCAGAUGAAUGCUGUUCUAUUCGAUGAUUUAGCUCAAGAAGAUACACAGGAGAUUGAUAUGCAGCAGGCAGAGUCAGCAACAGAAACCACUGAAACUGAAGCAGCUCCCCAGGAAAGCAAAGACUGUGUUUCAGAUGAGCCUUCUGCAGAAGAUCAUAAGAUAGAAAGUGAAAAAGAUUGUGACACUCAGGGAGUAAGCAUCACAGAAUCUUUAGAAGUAAUUGAUGGUGACAAAGACAUCAUAACUGGAGGAAUCUCUGGCCAAAGCAACAUGGUAUCUGCUGGGGAGUCGGCUCAAGAAAACUAUGUCCCUGAAAGCAAGUCAACUGCUGAUAUUCAGCCUGUGCAGGAACCGGAACCAGAAGAAAUAAAGAACACUGAACUUACAGAAGUGAAGGAAACAUCCUAUGAAAUGAAUACUACUGUCUUUCAGACGCCAACCAAAGAAGAUAAUCUAGCCACAAUUGAUCUGCAUGAAUCAGCAAGAGAACUGAGCAACAUUGAAGCCACAGAAGCAGGAACACCCCACCAAAGUGAUGCUGCUCAAUCAGAGGAGCAAGCACCAGAAGGAAUAGCAAGUGAGCCACAAGUACUGGAACCAGAAUCAGUCGAAGAAAUGAAUGACACUACAGCCACUGAGACUACAAAUAUCUCCAAUGCUAAGCUAACAUCUUCCUCUGGGGAAUCUGUCCCAGAAGAAAUUGCAACAGAAGAUAACACAAGCACUGAACCAGAUGUUGAUCAUCAACAAGUCCAGGAUCAAGAAUCAAGUGAUUUCAUGGAAACUGAAGCCGAUAAACCUCAAGGAAUUGCGUCAUCUUGCAUUCUUUCUACUUCUGAGCAGUCCACUUCAGAAGACAAUGCAACGGCAAUAGCAGAAGACAAUGCAACAGCAAUGGAACCAAAUUCUGACACUCAAGCAGAGAGUUUACAGCUGGCAGAAGUAACUGAGGGCACUGAAAAUGUGAAAAGCAACACUGCUCUUGGUGAGGCAGCAGCUCCAGAAGAAAAUGUAGAAACAGGUGCAACUGCUGAUAUGCCAUCAGUGCAGGAGCCAGAGCUAGAAGAGACCAAGGGCGCUGAACCAGCUGGAACAGAGGAUAUUAUGACAUCAAUUGACCUGCCAGCAGGAAAUAUGGACAUGGAAACCAUGGGGACUGAAGCAGUCCCUCAUGAGAGUCAUGUUGAAAGUAUAAAGGAACUCACUGAAGAUGGUACUGAGCCAGUUCUGGAGCUAGAAUCGUUUGAGAACACGAAGUGCACUGACACAAUGGAACAUCCAGGAGAGCCCCAUGGUUCUACUUCUGAUGAGACUACUCCAACAGAAGAAAAUACAACAGUAACCGAGCGUGCUUUUGACACACAGCAAGUGCAGAAUCUGACAUCUCAAGAAAUCAAGGACAGUGAAGAUGCCAAAACAGAUGAAUUCUCAGAUCUCAGUAGCUUUCCUACUAAAGAGGCAGAUCAAGAAAGUAAUUUACCAAGGACUGAGCCAGCUACUGAUGUCCAACAAGUGCAAGAAACCAGAGACAUUGAAUCCGAGGGAACUGAAAAUCAUCAACAACACGGAGUUUCUACCUUUGAGGAGCCAGCAGUAGACAGUGAGCCCAAUGUUGAUGAUCAACAGGUGCACGAGGACAAAGUACCAGAAGUAAAAGACAAUCAAGCAAUGGAGGCUGAAGAAGUCAUCCAGCAAAGUAAUAUUGACAUUCCAGAUGAUGCAACUGGAGAAAGGAGUGAACUGACAAGUGAACCAGAUUCUUAUGUCCAACCAGCACAGCAUGUGGACAGUGAGAACAGUCAGCUUGAAAAGGCAGAAGAAACCGCAGGCACUGUCGCCAUUGAAGAAACACCUACAGAAGAUAGUAUUGCGUGUGAAAUUGACCCACCUGUUGAUAUUAAACAAGAGCAUGAACUAGAACCAGUGGAAGAAAUCAAGGCUACUGAUGCCAAUGAAGCUGAAGAAGAAUUUCAUACAAGCCAAGUUGAUGCAAUAGAAAAAUCAGCUUCAGAAGGUAAUAUGGCAUCAAUAGAGCCAACUUCCGAUAUUAAGCAAGAGCCAACUUCCGAUAUUAAGCAAGAGAACGAAUUGGAGGCAACAAAAGAAAUUAACGGCAUCGAAGCCGUCAAUGAUGGAGAGCAAACAGAGAAUGCUACUUCAGAGGACCCAUCUCCAACAGAUAAUGAAACAACACCAGAAGGGCAUUCUGCAGAGUUGAAUGAAGAAAUUACAGGGAAUGAAACUGAUGAUGUCAAAGAUGAAAUACAGACGUUCGUGGAACUAAAGGAUGGUGCAUGUGAUUUGGGCGAAACUGUUUUGCCAACUCAGGGAAGUGAGAACAUGACUGAUGAAGAUGCUGUUCAAAGUCCUGGUGAUGAUAGACUAGAGACUUCAAAUACCGAUCAUGUCAAAGAAGAGAAAAAGGAUGGAUGUGAACAUAACUCAAGCGAAAUGUCAGGUGUGCAUAAAGAAGAGAACACAAUUCAUGUUCAGGAAAGAGAUAUCAGUGGGCAACUUCUCACAAAAAAGGGCACUGAAGAAGCAACACAAGCUUCAUUUGAAAGUGAUCCUCAGGGAGCACAAGAUGUCACAAAAGAAGAUGAUACCACAGAAGAUGGUGAGCAAACUAGUGAUCUUAACAAGCAACCUGAUGAUGUAGCACUUCAACUGCAAACAUGUGAGGCAGAUGCUUUAUCCAUUGGGAGACAAGAUGAGGUUGUGCAAAAGGUUGACUUGGAUCAACAACAGAAAAAAGAUGAGGAGAUUGAAAAUCAGAAGGAAGAAAUUCAGGCAGAUGAACAGAAACAUGAGGACAAGGGGGAUGAUUUCACCAUGGAACCACUUGUGGAGCCCGAUGAUAUCGAAAAUGGUGCCAAAAAUAGAACAGAAGACACUGAUGUAUGUGAGGCUGAACAAACAGAGGCACUCAUUACUGAAAUUCUUAAGCAUGAAGAAGCCCCACAUGUAUCUGAAGAAUCCACCCCAAGUAGCACGGAUAUGGAGGUUGACAAUGUUAAGGGAACAGAUGAAGGAACAGAAGAAGAUUCUGGUGCUAAAAAUGAUAAUAAAGAUGAGAAGGAGAGUGCAGAAAAUAAUGACAUAGUAGCAAACGAUUCUACUGAUGAACAUGAUGAAACAAUUUAUGAAAUUAAUAAUGAAGAGGUUGAACCUGGUUUGGCAUCCUCUGGUCAAGAAGCAUCUGAACCGGCUCCUUCAAAUGAUGCUAUACUAGAGAAUGAUUCUGCAGCUGUUACUCAGAAUGUUGAAUCAGGAGAGCAUAGGGAGGAUAAAGAAUGCACAGACAAGGUUAAUGAUGAUGUCCACACCAUUCAAGCAUCGGAGAAAGAGAUUGCAGGUGAAAUAAAUGAGAAUAAAGAAAUUCAAAAUGAAGACAAUGCUAUCCAUCAUGAUGAAUCACAGACAAAAUCUGAAAAGGAUGAGGCGCCUCAACUGCAUGCCAGUGAACCAUGCAACAUGGAUGCCAAAAUUGAUGAUACAACAACUCCAGGCAAAGAAAUAAUCGAUGGUAAUGCAAGUAUAAAGCCCAGAGAAAUUGAAGAGAUUGGAGAAAACAAGGGACUCGACUCCACUUCCAAACCUUUUGUAGAAUCAUCCAUACAGAACAAUGUUGAGCAGGACUUAAGCAUUCAUCACAAGGUUGAAGACGAAAAUCUUUCAAUGAUGGAGCAAAAUGAUGUAGAUAUUGAAGCUAUGCAAGAAAAAGCUGAUGAAUCUGCCUCAGAUAUAAAUCUAACCAAGCAAUGUCAGGAAGAAAUUAGUGAAGAUGAUGUUCAGCAACUUGAAAUAGAAGAAAGUUCAUUUGACAAAAUUGAUGAAACCGUUUCACAUGAGAAAACAGAGACAAGCACCACUGAAGCGGUAAUAGUCAAUGACACCAUCACCAAUAAGGCUAGUGGAGACGAUGGUGAACCAUCUGAUGGAAGUCUCAAAACCUUUAAUGACACUGGAAGGGAUCUUGAUGUUUCAUCUGUAAUUACAGCAUCAAAGGAAGAAAGUGUGAAUGAGAAUAUGGAAGACCAUAAGCUUGCUCUUCCUGCGCAUACUGCACAGGACGAAAACACCCCUGCGCAUCAAGAGAAGACGGAAAGAGAGAUGCCUUCAUCAGAGAAGCCCCUUCCUACUGAACCAGAAGAGAAUCAAAUUCCCAAUGAAAUAAAUGAAGGGGAGUUACAGGAUGAAAAUCAAAUUCCCAAUGAAAAGAAUGAACAGGACAUUCAAGAUACAGAAAUUGAAGAUGCUCAGAAUGAUGUUGAACCAGAUUUACCUGUUUCUCAUUUUCUGAUGAAUUUAAUAUUAGGAAAAAAGAACGGUGUUGCAGAUGAAAAUUCAGAACCUGGGGCUGAAGGGAAGCAAGGAGAAACAACAGAAGACGAUAGCUGCGUGCUCAUUUCUAAAGAAGAAGAAAGUGUGGGGCCACUUUGCACAGAAAAUAAGGUGGAUGACAAUCUCACCUUUGAACAAGAAAAACAUGAUGCCAAAUGCUCCGAAGAAACACAGGAAAUGGUCAAAGAACAAAGUGAUGAUCUUAAGCUGGACACAGAAAGAUCACUACAUACUGAUGAAGAGUCCAAUAAGAACACUCAAGGCAAUCCCCAAGACAAAAUUUCUGAUGAACUGUUAUCAGAAGAAGCAGCUAGUGUUUCUACAAAUAUGAAAGCGAGAGAUAUUGAGAUUUCGAACUUUGAGCUGGAUGAUAAAGCAGUUGAUACUGUCUGUCAGGAAGACACGGAGGAGUCAACAAAAGUUGAAAAUGAGAGCUUGAAGAGCAACAUAAAUGAUUUAACAAAUACAGAGGCUUCGGAAGAGGAUACUCUAGGGGAACAACAAACAGGACUCUUGCAUGAAUCUUUACCUGAAGAUAAUAGUGCUGAUGCAGUGUCCGCGCCCUUGCUGAUAGAAUCAGGUGUGGUUGAUGCAAAAGAUUCAUCUUAUGAUGCUGAGGCUGCCCAGAACCUUACCUGUGCAAAAGAAGAUGAUCCCACUGAAUCUUCCAUCAUUGAGGCAACAAGUAGUCCUCAUAUUCAACUGGAGUGUGAAGAAGUAGAGAAGAAAGAAGAGGAGCAGCAUGCAAGCAAGGGCACAGAAAACGUUCCCAAAGAAGCUGUAGAAAGUUCAAAUGACAAUCCUCAGAAAAGCACAAGCUCUGAAGUAACACCUCAUGAGCAAGAACCUCAUAUAACGGAACCAGUUAGUGACACUGAGAAGAUUUUGGCUCCUGAAAAGGAAAUUUGUGAAGGCUCAACAUGCAUGGAUGAGAAAGAAAACUCUAACUUCUCAAUUAAAGGAGUAGAAAACUUUCAAACAGAAGUUGAAAUUCAGGCUGACAGUCCAAACAUGCAGAUCAACCAAGAUAAGAAAGAUGAAGUUGCUGACAACAAAACUGCAAUGGGACCAGAAAAGCUAGGGGAAUAUGAUUUUCAGGAGCAGCAGGAAACUGAUAGGAAACAUGAAGUUGCUGACAACAAAACUGCAAUGGGCCCAGAAAAACUAGGGGAAUCUGAUUUUCAGGAGCAGCAGGAAACUGAUACUGAGCAAAAGUCUCCUAAAGUGAGUGAUGAAGGAGACCAGCAAUUUUUGGUCAAAAAAGAGACCAUGAUCAAAGAACAGGUUGUGCCUGGAACAGUUGAAAGCCAUGAGCAAACAGUGAGUAUAAAAUCUAACGAAAAGCAAGAACUGUUUGAUUCAAAGGUCCAGGAACGUGAUCUCAAUGUAGUUUCACCCAGAGAAGCUUCUGAGGCUGAAGAAAACUUUGUGGGCGUAACCAAGCCAGAAUUCAGCACAGAUGAAGAGCAAAGUCCAAAGGCUGAUGCAGAUGAGAAAACUUAUGAUGAGAAGAUAAAGGACGUAGAGGGAACUAAGGAUUUCACUGAUGGAGCAGCAACGAAAACUGAAGCACCAGGAGCAACAAAGAAGGCACCUAAAAAACUCAACCUAUUGUCUGGCGUUGGAUCAAAGGUAAAGCACCAACUAGCAAAGGUGAAGAAAGCCAUCGUAGGUAAGCCUGGGAACACAAAACCAGACUCACCAAAGUCAUAGUGAUGCAUUCACCUUAGAGCAUGUAUAUUAUUGUAAUGUUUGUACUUUGUGAGCUAUUCAUUUGAGUGGUAGAAUGUUAGCGACGGGACAGGAGAAGCUCCUCUUCACAACCAUCGCGUUGAAAUAUUCCUGUGAUGCUGAAGACGUUUGUAAAUAUGUCAUAGCGUGUAAAUCUAAGUUUCCAUGGUAUUGUUUCAUGGAACUUUAAGGUAGAGUCAAGGGCAUGGACCUGGUGGAUUGCUUGUAUUCUUUAUUGAUAUAUGCACAUGCAUUUUUGUGGUCAUGA